CCAUUUUCAGAAAUAUCAUAAUUUCUUAUGCUGGAUGUCUGCGACACGGAUUGAUACCAAACCUCCUUGCUGAAGGAAAGGGUGCCCGCUAUAACUGCCGUGAUGCUGUUUGGUUCUGGCUAUAUGGCAUUGAACGCUAUGUUCGAAUGGCUCCAGAAGGACAUGAAAUUCUAAAGUGCCCUGUACUGCGAAUAUAUCCCGAUGAUGACGUUAUAUACGGAGAAGACGCGCGGGAGCAGCUUUUGAUCGAUGUUAUGUACGAAGCUUUGAGUCGACACUUCGCAGGAAUCGAUUUCAGAGAACGAAAUGCUGGAUUUGAGAUCGAUGAACAUAUGAAAGAUGAAGGUUUUAAUGUGAAAGCAUACGUGGAUCGAAACACUGGCUUCAUUCACGGUGGUAACAGAUGGAACUGCGGUACCUGGAUGGACAAGAUGGGAAGUAGUGAAAAGGCAGGAAAUCGAGGAGAACCUGCAACCCCUCGUGAUGGAGCAGCUGUGGAAUUACAAGCGUUGGCAUACAAUAUACUCUGUGCUAUGGCAGAGUGGUCCGAUAGUGGAUUGAUAAGCCAAAAUGGAGUGUCACAUGAUUCCGAGAAUUGGACCUGGUCACAAUGGGCCGAGAAAAUCAAAGCAAAUUUCGAGCCUCAAUUCUACGUCAGCGAAAAUGACGACAGUAAAUAUGUCAAUAGGAGAAACAUAUUGAAAGAUACUGUUGGCUCAUCGCUUGGCUACAGUGAUUACGAGUUGAGACCGAACUUCACUAUCGCUUUAGCUACGGCGCCGACGUUGGUAGAUCCACAUAAAGCUUGGUUGGCACUCGAAGCAGCAAAGAAGUACUUGUUGGGACCGAUAGGAAUCAAAACGCUUGACCCUAGUGAUUGGGCAUACAAUGGCGACUAUUAUAACGAUGAUGGAUGCGAUAAGAAGACCGCAUGUGGGUGGAACUAUCACCAAGGA